CGCAAUGACCUUCCUCCAGAAUAUUUGGUAUCGGUAAACGGUUCAUGUACAAAAGUUCAAACGAUUCGCCUAUGGCGAUGACUGUAUAUAGACCAACUGCUGGAUCAAGACGUUGUCUCUUUCGAACAUAGUCAACAAGCUUACCAUGUCGCAUCCUCCUCCACAGUCUUCCAAGAUCCUUAUCCUCGGGGCCGGAACAUUCGGCGUCUCGACCGCCUACCAUCUCGCCAAAGGGGGCUACUCAAAUAUCCACGUCCUCGACCGCGCCGAUGUCCCAUCACCGUACUCCGCCGGAACUGAUCUGAAUAAGAUCGUGAGAGCAGAAUACGAUAAUCCGUUCUACACUGAUCUUGCAUUGGAAGCAAUUCAGGAGUGGCAGAAACCACCCUUCGCACCAUAUUUCCAGAAGACUGGAUAUCUUGUCUGCACGUCAGCUGCGGCUCCAGAGAAGUCUAAGAACUCGCUUGCAGAAUCUCUUUCGUCUAUUUCCUCACACUCUGCCUUUUCAGGUUCUAUCACCAAACUUGCGGAUCCCGACGCUGUGAGGAGGAAGGUGCCGCAACUGACUGGGCCCUUAACAGGAUGGGCAGGAUACCUGAACAAACACGCAGGCUACGCUCAGGCUGCUUUGGCCGUAGAAGCCCUAGCAAGGGAGUGCACUAAGCUCGGAGUGACUUUCAAUACCGGCGAGCAGAAGGGCCGCGUAGCCGAGCUGCGCUACGACUCCUCCGGAAAAUGCCUUGGCGCGCUGACAGCUGACCAAAGCUUCCACACUGCAGAUCUCGUCAUUGUAUGUUUGGGUGCCCACGCAGCCUCGCUCAUUCCUCAACUCGCUAAGCAGCUGACAGCAAAGGCUUGGGCAGUCGGCCUGAUCCAGUUGACCGAGGAGGAGGCGGUGCCAAUGCGCGGAAUACCGGUGGUUAACUGUCGUGACCUCGGUUUUUUUUUCGAGCCUGAGCCUGGGACGAACGUGUUGAAGCUUUGCAACGCGAGCGCUGGGUAUACCAAUAGGAAUGCAUAUGGAGUAUCCAUCCCCACGGAAACGAAUGAGGGGAUUCCCGAGGAGGACGAACUUGCGAUUCGGAGAUUAUUGAGGGAGGCGUUGCCACAGUUUGCCGAUCGCCCGUUCGUGGAGAAGAAGAUCUGUUGGUGUGCUGACACCAAAGAUUCGGAUUACAUCAUCGCCUCUGUACCCCAAACUUCGGGACUCAUGGUGGUGAGUGGCGAUUCGGGACAUGGAUUCAAGAUGCUACCCAUCGUCGGAAAAUGGGUAUGGGAGUUCCUAGUGAAGGGAAAGAGGCCCGAGUGGUGGCAAUGGAAGAACCAAGAGCUGGACGAAACGGGUGAGGAGGACAUCAGCUGGCGGGUGGGUACAGUGAGGGAUAUCAAGGACGUUGGACGGUUUCGCGCCGUAAAGAUAUAGUGUAAUUUAACUAUACCAGAUCAUACCUCAUCUCAAUGUAUAUCGUACCCUAUGCUGCUU